UGUUAUGGUAGCACUGACAAUUUCCGGUCUCCAUCUUUUUGCUUUGGGUUUCUCACGAUGCCACCAAAGAAGGACGCGAAAUCGUCGGCUAAACAGCCUCAAAAGACACAAAAAAAGAAGGAAGGAAGUGGUGGCGGUAAGGCCAAGAAGAAGAAGUGGUCCAAAGGCAAAGUCAGGGAUAAGUUGAAUAACCAAAUUCUCUUCGACAAAGCCACCUAUGAAAAACUAUACAAAGAAGUGCCACAAUACAAACUUAUCACUCCUUCAGUGGUAUCUGAACGUUUGAAAAUUCGUGGUUCACUUGCCAAAAGAGCGCUGGUGGAAUUGCGUGACAAAGGUCUGAUUAAACAGGUCGUGCAGCACCAUUCCCAAGUGAUCUAUACACGUGCAACCAAGGGUGAUGAUGCGUAAAUAUUUUACCUCUCUUUGCAACAAUACUAAAUGUAUUUACUAGCUUUGAUGGUAGAAUAAACUAAUUCGUUUCCUUUUAUAAGUAAAA